UAUUGAUCUGCUUCUCGCGCCCAGGCGGCGGCUCCCCCACAGCUGUACGGCGAGGCGGCAGCGGCAGCGGCGAGCCACAGACGGCGGCGGGCGCGUGGAGGUGCGCAUGCAGGGCACCUCGGCUCCGCGUCGUCGCUCCUGGCGAGCCACGCAGCGGGGAGGCGGCCGGCUUCUGCCCCCGACCUUUGGGCUCUUUAGGGUCCUUCCACCCAGGCUGCAAGGGAGGAGGACGGAGCCGGGCGGCACUUGGGGCUCUUGGCGGACCUGCCGCGCCCCUUCCUGCGGCUGCCUGGAGGCAGCCUCAACGCUCAGCCAUGACGGACACAGUAGUUGGCAAUAGCUCUGGGCAGUGGAUGUAUCAGAAUGACAGGCAGAGGGCUCUUCGAGGCGGAGUCCCUGGCAGUUGGUCUGCCCAUGGAAACCAGCCAGAGCGAGCAAGGAAGAAUGAAGAGCUGACGGAUGAGGAGAAGGAGAUCAUCAACCACGUCAUUGCUCGAGCUGAGAAGAUGGAGGAGAUGGAACAGGAACGUAUUGGGCGUCUCAUGAACCGCCUGGAAGACAUGCGCCGGAACGUGGCGGGUGAUGGAGUGAACCGCUGCAUCCUGUGCGGCGAGCAGUUGGGGCGCCCGGGGUCAGCAUGCGUGGUGUGCGAAGACUGCAAAAAGAACGUCUGCACCAAAUGCGGCAUCCAGACGACCAACAAUCGCCCUCAUUCCAUCUGGUUGUGUAAGAUCUGCACGGAACAGAGAGAGGUGUGGAAGCGCUCUGGAGCAUGGUUCUUCAAGGGCUUGCCAAAGCAAGUGCUGCCCCAACCAAUGCCCGUCAGCAAGGGCAAACUGCAACCGGCGCUCCGCGAACCUGCCUCACCUGCUCAGGACGCAAAACCAUGUUCUCACCAGCAGAAUCGCGGCCAAGCCAAAGCAGCUGCUCCUGCUGAACAGGAAUCUUACGGCACCGAGCCAAGAGCAGCUGCUUCCAGUCGGGGAAAUUAUCCACAACUUAACCGCAAACCUUCAGAGGCUAAGAUGGCACCGAGUGGCAAUGAAUAUACCAGUGAGGGCACUGAACACCAGGGUUACCCUGCAGAGAAUCAAGUCAGUCGAAGCCCUGGAGGUGAGGGAGGAGAGCAGGCAGAGAACCAGAUGCCUCUGGGUCUCAAGCGGACCAAUUCGGCCCAAGCUGCCGGUACCAGACCGCUGCCUCGAGCUGCAAGCCGGGGUCCAUCUGCCCAGCUGGUAGAACAAGGUCCUGCAGCUGUGGGGAGGCCAGGGACAGGCGCCGGAGGUCGUUUCCCAGAGAGACAAGGAAGCCUUUCAAUGGCUCCACCCCAAGCUGAUCCACCCUACUCUGCUCCCGGGAGAUCCAGGGAUGAGAAAACAGGCUGUGGAUAUUCUGCCCCUGCGGUGGAGAGGCCCAUGCGGCAGGUGGCUCAGUAUAGCCAAGCCGCCUCUCCUGCAGUGUCUACACCCGCACGACAGCCUCCUCAAGAAGAGGAAGAAGACGAGGCCAAUAGCUAUGACUCUGAUGAAGCAACUACUCUCGGUGCUUUGGAGUUCAGCCUCUUGUACGACCAGGAAAACAGCUCUUUGCAGUGCACUCUCAUCAAGGCAAAAGGCUUAAAGCCAAUGGACUCCAAUGGACUGGCAGAUCCUUACGUGAAGCUGCACCUUUUGCCGGGGGCCAGUAAGUCAAACAAAUUGAGAACCAAGACUUUGAGAAACACCCGGAACCCCGUAUGGAAUGAGACCCUGGUGUAUCACGGCAUCACUGAAGAGGAUAUGCAAAGAAAAACCCUAAGGAUCUCUGUGUGUGACGAGGAUAAAUUUGGCCACAAUGAGUUCAUAGGUGAGACGAGGGUGGCUUUGAAGAAAGUAAAGGCCAACCAGAAAAAGAAUUUUAACAUCUGCCUGGAAAAAGUAAUCCCGAUGAAGCGUGCAGGUACAACUGGCUCAUCGCGAGGAAUGGCCUUGUACGAAGAUGAGAUGGACCCAGGGACCAGUGCGGAGGAACGAGGAAAAAUUCUGGUGUCUCUCAUGUAUAGCACCCAGAAAGGGGGGCUCAUUGUUGGCAUUGUACGUUGCGUCCACUUAGCGGCCAUGGAUGCCAAUGGCUACUCGGACCCAUUCGUGAAAAUAUGCUUAAAGCCUGACAUGGGGAAGAAAGCGAAGCAGAAGACACAGAUUAAAAAGAAAACCCUGAACCCAGAGUUUAAUGAGGAGUUUUUCUACGAUAUCAAACACAGUGACCUUGCCAAGAAAUCACUUGACAUAUCGGUUUGGGACUAUGAUAUUGGCAAAUCCAACGAUUAUAUUGGUGGGUGCCAGUUGGGCAUCACGGCCAAAGGCGAAUGCUUGAAACACUGGUACGAGUGCCUGAAGAACAAGGACAAGAAGAUCGAGCGCUGGCACGCCUUACAAAACGAGAACCACGUGGCCAGCGACUAGGAGACGCCCCUCAAACCCUAACCCUCCCUCACACAAUCCCCUGUAGGUUUCCAAGCAUCUUGUCUUCCAAACUAUUUGUGUUUCACUCUUGGGAAAAAGAUUUCUUCAUCGUCUCUUGCCUCCUUCACAAGAGUAGCCUCUCUCUCUCUCCCCCUCUCCUCUAUAUAUUGUCACACCAAGGAUAAGCAUCCUUGUUUUGUAUUUUUGUGACCCAGUUUUAUCACCACCACCUCCUCCUCCUCCCGUGGGUGCAUUGAUGUACCGAUUUUUCAAGCAAUAGCCCGGCACUGGAAGUCUUAUGUUUGGCCUCUGCUUUGGGGCAGCUAAAUAUCACCCUCCUGACCUGAUCCAACCCCGUUUGUGCUUUUCCCUACCAGCUGAAGGGAUUUGUUCUCUAAGUGCCCUUGGACCCACCUCCUUCCUCCAGGUUCUCUCUGGGCAUGUGGAAGGUCCUCUUGUCCCCCUCAGUCUCCUUCUCUUCCUCCUUGCAAACUUGAAAUCUUCUGAGCAUCGCUAGCGGGGAAUAUGCACGGCUAUGGUUCUUGGAUCUGGCUGCUUUGAGCAUGAAGGCAGCUUCAAACCAACCAAACCAGCCUGAGAGCACGAGUCUUUCGAAACCAGCACUGUGCUGUAAUGAGCAAAAGAACAGGACCGCUUGGGUUUCUGAUUCUCAGCAUCACUUUAGUCUUGGCUUUUUUCAGUCAUGCAUUUCCCACCGUGCACCGUAGAUGUAAUUCUGCCAAAUGCCAUCUCUCAGUGGUGCACUCUAGCAGUUUGCAAUGUGCCACCUCGACACCUUCAGCUGGAAAGAGCAUUCUUCCUUCUUCCCUGGGUGGAGACUCUAUGGGCUGGUGGCCGAUCGAAAACCAGGCAGUGGUUUUCCUCGUGCUCACCAUGCCGUGCUGUCGGGCAAGUCCUGUUCAUGUUUAUAGGGCCUGUCUAGGGCAGCCUUUCCUUUCCAGGUAUUGUUGGACUCCAACUCCCGUAAGCCUCAGCCAGCAUGGCCCAAAGGCCAGGGAUGAUGGAGGUUGGAGUCCAGCAAGGUUGGCCAAGGAUGGUUGAGGCGGAGAUGUUUCCCAUCAAUCGUGCCCUCUUUUUUGUGGACUCUAUAUCAACAAGGAGGAGAGCCAGGGUGCACCUGGAAUUCAGGGUUCAGAUGUUCAAUCCUGCCAGAGAUGGAGGUAGUUUGGAUGGGUGGCACUUUGACAUUGCUUGUGUAGAGCUUUCAGGGCCAACGUCUCACUCGCACCAAAGAGCAGACUGGAAGCUGCUUUGAAAUUUGGGUAGUAUUGAUGACUGACCUCCAUUCAAGAUGUUUCCUUCCAGCUUGGGCUGGUUCCUCCUAGUCCUCUCCUUUAGCCAGAACCUGUUGGUGGUAGAACUUGUUGGUCCUGAUCCCCAUGUUGGAUUCGCUGCUUCUUGAGACCUGACGUCUGGAUAUGCAUGCAUAACAUUUUCCUUCUUCCUUAGUCUUAUACUUGUUUUGAAACUUGAAUCCAAAGGGUGGUAUUCAGUGCUAGUCCUACUCAGAGUAGACCCAUUGAAGUUAAUGGCCAUGACUAACUUAGGUUUGUUCAUUCCAGUGGGUCUACUCUGAGUAGGAUUUAGUUCAAUACAGCCCACUGUGCUAAGGUUUUAGGGUUGUAUUCAACUGACCCACUCAGAGUAGACCCACUGAAAUGCAUGAACCUAAGUUAGUCAUGGCUAUUAACUUCAGUGGAUCUACUCUGAGUAGGAAUAUUUUAUUUAUUCAUUCCUUGCAUAUCUAUCCUACCUUUUCUCCAAGGAGCUUAAGGUGGCAUACAUGCUUCUCCUCCUCAUUUAAUCCCCACAACAAGCCUGUGGGGUAGGUUAGGCUGUGAGGCAGUGACUGGCCCAAGGUCAUCCAGGAAGCUUCAUGACUGAUUGGGGAUUCGAACCCUGGCCUCCCAGUCUGACACUCUACCCACUAUGCCACCACUGGUUCUCAGACCACUUGGCAGCAAAUUUGGGUUGAUGUUCUCCCAAGAGAAUUUCUGAAGCUUUGCGCACGGUGGGACCGCACCGUUUCUCCAUUCCACACCAAGAAGCUGACCAGGCUAGUCGCUGCAUCAUCCUUCGACGCUGGAGAUGGGAUCUCCUCCUCCAGGCUGCUUGAAGGAGGCAGGACAGGCCGUGUGGUGCGGACUGCUUUGUCCCCCAUCAGAGGGGAAUGACCAGGCACAGAGCUUGGGAGAAACAGCCAGGGAAGGCGGCCACUUCUACUGCCCCCCAAAAUCGGCCAUUGGCUCACUUUGCCCAGGCAGAGGGCUAGCCUUGCUUUCCAACUCUGGAAUAGCACUUGGAAGUGGGGAUUCCAGAGAGGGGGAGGUUCCAACUGGGCACCUAAAGGAGAGAUCAGAAGUUGUGGCUCUAAGUAGGACUAAAUUUGAAUACCACCCUUCUUGUUUUUAUUUUUUAAAAAACAUUUUCCAUAAAUUAAUGAGAGAAAAAUUAGAAGCUAAAAUGAUGAAACUGAGGUUAUCAUACUUUGGACACAUAAUGAGAAGAUGUGAUUCACUAGAAAAGGCAAUAAUGCUGGGAAAAACAGAAGGGAGUAGAAAAAGAGGAAGGCCAAACAAGAGAUGAAUUGAUUCCAUCAAGGAAGCCACAGACCUGAACUUACAAGAUCUGAACAGGGUGGUUCAUGACAGAUGCUCUUGAAGACCGCUGAUUCAUAGGGUCGCCAUAAGUCGUAGUCAACUUGAAGGCAUAUAACGACGAGAGAAUGUUGGGGGGUGAGUGGGUGGGGGAGGAUUCCAGUGAAAUUCUCAUGGGUGGGUUGCAUUUUUGGUUGUGGUGGAAGUGGUUACCUUUUGUUCAAAGUGACUGAGGUCAUGUUUCUGGGUGUUCUUUCUUUCAUUUUUCCAAAUCAUCUCGCUGGUGGUCUGCACUCUUUCCCCGGCUGUCAAGGCUUUCCUGAAAUACCUAACAAGGACCUCACAGGCUUGAGAGGGAGCCUGGCCUGGGAAAGCUGCCAGCAGCAGACCACCAAGAGGUGAUUGUCCAGUGGAAGAGAACCAACACACAAGCAUGCGUGAGCUUUGGCCACCUCAUCAGUAAGGUAAGUGCAAAGUCUGCAAAACCAAAAAUAUAACCCCCCCAACCCCUCCUCAAGUUUCCCAAGAAAUAGACAGUAAAUAACUAGCUUCAUUCACAUGGGGGUGAAGAUGCCCUAGAACAGGAGUUCUCAAACUGUGGACCCAUAGACCAACAGUGGUCCAUGAGCUUCAUUCAGGUGGUCUGCAUCCAUCUUAAAUAUUCCUAUUGACUUUUCACUGCAUUUGUUUUGCUGCUUUUAUUUCUCAUGCUGUAUUGGAUUCCAAUCUGACUUCUAUGGAGUGCAAAUUGUAGUACAACAUAAUACCAUACAACAUAAGGAUAUUGAUGUACACGAUACAACAUAAUAAUAAUAAUAAUAUUUUAUUUAUUGGUUGCCUAUCUGUCCAGGUUAGUGGACACUCUAGGUGACUUACAAUAACAAAAAGCUAUACAUAAUAUACAUAUACAAAAACAAACCACAGUCCUAAACAAUUUAAAACCAAUUUCCAAUUAAAACAUCAUAAAAUUAAUCCUCCUUAAUCCCACCAAAAAAAAAAAAAAAAAAAGGCAGCACACAAAAAACAAACAAAAAACAAACACACACCCAGGCCACCCCAGCCAGCCGGCUUAUGUAUCCCUCCCAAGAGGGACAGGUGGUAGCAAUCAGUCCCAGCUGGCUGGGUACCUGGGGCCUGGUCCUGCAGGAUGCAGGUCUGCCAGGCAGAAGUCCCACAGGGAAGGGUGGUGGAGGUGGUGAUCCCACAGCAGCAGCAGCAGCAGCAGCAGCAGCAGACUCUCCUUCCCUGGGCGGCGAUGCUCUCUUCCUGCAGGCCCUGGGUCUAACAUAAGAAAUAAAAGGAACAGUAAAAAUGCAAUUUAAAAAAACCACACAGUGCCUAGCACGGCGCAUUACAAUUGCUACAACAGGGAGAAAAAUCAGCGGUUUUCAAGUAGUCCGUGGGGGGGGGGGGAUGUUUGGGAACCACUGACACAGAACAAGGGUUAGGAACCUGGUGCCCUCCAGGUGUUGUUGGACUCCAACUCCCAUCAGCACCAGAGAACAUGGCCAGUGGUCGGAGGUGAUGGGGAGUUGGAGCUCUGCAAUGUAGGAACAUGGAUUAGAGGCCAUUGAUCCAUCUAACUUACUUACUCUGCCUGGCAAUAGUUUUUCAGGGAUUCAGACAGAGGACAUUUCCUGGAGAUGCCAGGAAAUGAACCUAGGACUUUCUGCCUGCAAAGCAGAUUGCCCCAGCACUGAGCAACAGGCCUUGCACAUCUGGCCACAGCUCAGCUUCAGGCCUUCCACAUGCAAAGUAGGUACCCUGCCCGCUAAGUGGUGGGCCUUCCCCCCUCUUGCCAUCGCAACUACCUGCCUCACCUUCAGGAGCGCCUGUUCAGCUACUCUUACUCUGCAAGUUCAUGCCUGGUGCUUCUUUGUGUGGUCUGUUCUAAAGCGGAGCUAGGAUGACCAAGCCUCCAUCCUUCGUUCUCUGUUCAUGUAUUCAGUCGUGAUCUCUUUCAUCUUCCUUGUGAAGCAGACUCUUUGUGAAGCGCACCAACAGAAGACCCAGCUGUCUUGUCCUGGGCAACAGUUUCAAGAGGGUUGUCAUUUUUGCUUGUUGACCUGUGCAAUGUGGUUUUUCCCCUCAGAAGAACAUAAAUCUAAAUGUACUGCCUUCAAGUUGAUUCCGACUUAUGGCAACUCUAUGAAUAGGGUUUUCAUGAGGCUGAGAGGCAGUGAGUGGCCCAAGGUCACCCAGUGAGCUUCAUGGCUAUGUGGGGAUUCAAACCCUGGUCUCCCAGGUCAUAAUCCAGCACCUUAACCACUACACCACACUGGCUCAGCAUCAGAAUUCUCGUGCAACCAUAUUUUUUCACUCACCUUACAAUCCAGUAGUUUGACUAUGCUGGUGGCCAUCUGACCACUGGCAUAACUUUAGGUUAAUGGAUCUCUUGUAACAUGCUGGUGUAAAGGUCCCUGAUCUGGUGUAUCUUUGGGAUCUGUUAGUGCAUAGGACUUAUAUCCUAAGGCUGUCCGUCUUGUGUAACAGUAUCAAUUGAUUAUGCUCUGAAUGUUUGCAGGAUGCUGCCCAAGCAAAUUUAUACUUUCUUUCUUUCACACUUGAAACCGGUCAAACUGCCAUGGCUUAUUUGAGAUGGCUUGGACAUCAGAAGGUGAAAAGUGGAGUGGGCGUCUGUACUGUUUGUGUAAAGGAGGGAUGGGGAACCUUUUUCAAUCCAAAGGCCACACUCUCCUGUGGGCAACCUUCUGUGGGCCACAUGUCAAUGGUAGGCAGAGCCGGAGGCAAAGGAUGUCUCUUUGUAUGGCAAGCUACAUUCCAGCACUACAGGUUGUGCAACCCACACCCCACCAGAAAUACCUCUCAGUCUUCCACCAAGCAAGAUGAAUUAUUACGUUGCAAGGAAACAUUUCACUUACGUCGAAGCACUCGAGGGGUGGGGGGUUGCAACCCCUUAUGGUGGGGGCAUGGCCUAGAGAGAAAACUGGGAGGAGGCAGACCAGUGAAAAGAGUGGCAUUCUCCCUUUGCUGCUGUCACACCUUUAUUUCCAAAAUACACCUCAGGAAAAGACCCUGUUGCAAGUAGGGAUGGAAGGGUCUGUCAAGUCUGGUCCUCUCUGUUUCUCGCUUUUCCAAUUUGUAAUUCAGUUCUCCACAUUUCUGCAGCAAUUUCCAUAUUUUUUUAAAAAACUCAUGAAAAUCCUUCAGCAUUUUGGUGCAAAUUUAUCCUCAUAAAGACACCUCUUGUGUGUAGUUUUGACUAACGUACGCCUUUUUUGCAAGCAAUUUCUCCCAACCUAAUGCAUUUUUGUAUGUUAUUUUCACUCACAUAUUUAUUUUUAUGCACACUUUCCCCUGCUAUAUGCCUUUUUCUAAGCAUUGGUUGCGAACUGCACUGCAAAAUUCGGAUAAAUGAAUUUUGAAGGAUGGCUAUGUUUUGGUUCUCAUGUUGUUUCGGAAAGUGAAUUGGAUAGAUUUUCCUUUAAAUGUAAACUGAAUUCAGUUUCGCUCCCACCCCUAGCUGGAGAUGAUGGGGGUUGCAGUCCAACGACACUGGGAGGGCCCCUUCUUGGCUGCCCCUGGUAGAUCCACUGUUAAAUAUGAACUGAGUCAAAUUUCUCCUCUGUCCCUAGUUGCUAGUCCCCCCCCCCACUGAGGCCCAUUUAAUCCACAGCACAGACGGCAGAGCAAAGGGCAGCAUCCCCUAGGCUGGAACUCCUCUCUGGUUUUCAGGUUUUCUCUUCUGUUCUAUCCUGUGUGCCAUUUGCAGACAUCCUCUUUGACCGCAUUGUUUGUUUUUCUAUCUGUCGUCUGCGUUGAUGCUGUUUUGUAAGGCAUGGUGUGUAAGUUUUCAUUGAAAAAAACAAGAACAGAGCUGUACUUUUCCAUUUUCAAGAGAUGCUCUCUCUCUCUCUCUCUCUCUCUCCACCCACUUCUUGGAAGUUUGUGACCAUUUCGGAAUCUGCCUUCUUUUCUUCUUACUUUGUAAAUAAAGCAUGCAGAUCUGGAUUGGGGAUGGCGCAAGCGCUUCUGCCCACCCACCCCCAGAUCCUUCUCUCUUCCUCCUCUUGACAAUUGCAUUCUGUUAAGCAUGCAAUGCCUUCACACAGAAAUAAGAAACCGUUUACAACUAUUUAACAACCAACCUCCCACCGAGAGUAGAAUAACCACUUGACCUUCUGCUGCAUGCGGGUGUAACGCCCCCCCCCUUUUCUUCAUGUCAUACCUAAUAAAGUGAGAACAAUGGGGGGAAACCUCA